AUGAGUGGCUCCUCAUGUUGGAAAGACUCAAGUAAAGGCAAGCGGGAGGCCAUCCUCGACCUCUCCAAGUACGUCAACGAGAGAAUACGGGUCAAAUUUACUGGUGGUCGAGAAGUGACUGGAAUCCUGAAGGGGUAUGAUCAACUACUCAAUCUCGUCCUUGACGACGUAGAGGAACAGAUUAAUGAGCCAGAACCUCAAACCCGUACAUUGAACCUUGUAGUCCUUCGAGGACCCACCAUCACUCUCCUCAGUCCCGUCGAUGGCUCAGAAGAGAUUGCAAACCCCUUUGUCGCUCAGGAGUAG